AUGGUAAAGCCCGUCCCUUAUUACACACACCUUUUUACCUCUGUUUCUCUUCAGUUGAGAAAUAUGUUUUCCUCUUCCCUCUCCCGUCGUCUCCAUGGCAUCUUCAACCAUUCUCGUUUCCCCACACCCAUAUUCAACAAACCCAACCCCUCGCCUCCUUCUUCAGCUACCAAUAAAUGCAACAAAUCAACCGCCGCAACUCCUCUCACCGCCGAGCAAGGUCUUCAAAAGCUCGUUAACAAGUUCAUAAAGAACUCGGAAUCCGAAAAAUUUCGCCGCAAGGACAGUAUUUAUUUUUCUACAGUUCGCCUUCUUGCUUUACAUAAAAAAUUUUCCAUGAUUGAAGAUAUUAUAGAAGCCCAGAAGAAGUAUGAGGAAAUUAAAGAAGAAGGUUUUGCGACCCGCCUCAUUAAGCUCUAUGGGAAAGCGGGCAUGUUCUCUCAUGCACGCAAGUUGUUCGAUGAAUUACCUGAACUGAAUUGCGAGCGGACUGUUAAGUCUUUUAAUGCACUUUUGACUUCUUGUGUUAAUUCCAAGGAAUUCAAUCAAAUUGAAACAAUUUUUAGGGAGGUACCACAGGAAGUUUCGAUAGAAGCAGAUGUGAUAUCGUAUAACAUUGUUAUCAAUGCGUGCUGCGAGAUGGACGCUUUGGAUAAAGCCAUCUUGUUCUUCAAUGACAUGGAGAAGAAUGGAAUGGAGCCAAAUUUGGUUACAUUCAAUACGCUUUUAACUGCACUCUAUAGUAAGGGUCAGUUCUUAGAUGGAGAAAGCAUGUGGGCCAGGAUGGAAAACAAGAACAUUGCUCCUGAUCUAAUAAGUUACAAUGCGAGGUUGCGAAGAAUGGUUCUAGAGAAGAGAAUUCAAGAUGGGAUUGACUUGCUGGCUGAAAUGGAGGAGAAGGCAAUCAAGCCAAAUCUGGACAGUUACUAUAUUCUGAUUAAAGGCUUUUGUGAAGAUGGGGAUUUGGAGCAAGCCAAAAAAUGGUAUUACAAAUUGAAGGAGAACGAAGUUAAUCCAAAUGCAUCGAUUUACAGGACACUUCUCCCAUUGCUUUGCGAGAAGGGUGAUUUUGAUUCUGCACUUCAACUGUGCAAGGAGUCCUUUGGUUGUGGAAUAGUUUUUCUUGCAGAGGAGGUGAAACGUGUGGUUGAUGGAUUGGCUGAAAUUUCCAAGAUUGAAGAAGCUAAGGACCUUGUGGAGCUCUACAAUUCUCAUUCAAUUUUCAAAUUGAAAUUGCCUCAGAGGAGCACUUGA